UCAGUGCUUCUCUCCAAACAGAGCUCGAGAGUGAGGAAACCACUGGGAUUGUGCAAUAGGGCAAGUUGACAGUGAAACAGCACAGCAACAAGCAGACAAAGAGCCAACAAAGUGAGGAAAGACUCCCCAACUUUGGAUUAACACGGUCGUCUCUUUUCCAGAAAGAGCUGGCGUUAUUUAGUUGUAGAAACAGGAGAGUUUAACUGAGCACAUUUGUUACAGCACUGCAGCAGUGUUGUGAGCAGGGUGACCUGCCUCGAUAAAUCAACCAGCAGCGACAAAUUUAAUUUCAAGGAGAAAUAUUGCUGCUUGGGAGAGGAGAUACCAACGCCUUUAAGGACCAGAGGAGGUACAGUACAAAGAGAGACAGAGUGAGACAGAGUGUUAACAAGGGCACCAAAGCCAUGGAGGAGAGAGAAAACUACAGCAACCUGCAGGAGUUCACAGAGGAGCCGAGCCCUAGAGGGAACAGGCUCAUUCUCCAACACAACGGCUCCCAGGGACUGAAGCGGGGCGUUGAGUGUUUGAGGAGCCGGGCUGGUCUCCUGAUGCUUAUUGGCUUUUUGGCCUCCAUUUGCGCCAACAUCAUACUCACUGUGCUCUUGAUUGGCAGGCUGGUGCCAGGUGCCCCCCUGGAGUCCUCAUCUCUGGGUUUGAAACUGAACUCGGCACAGAGACGUUACAUCCAGCUGUGUGAGGACUACAGCGCUCUGGGACGGAGCUGUUCAAAGACAGUUAAGCAGUGCAGGGAGUGUCCUGAAGGAUGGCUUCAUGUCGGGGAUCAGUGUUACCACUUCAGCAAUGACAAGCUGGACUGGCUGAGGAGCAGAGAUAGCUGUGCAGCUAUGGGCAGUCAUCUUACCAUACUGCACACCAUGGAACAGCAUGACGCUCUGGAAGAAGAAGCCAAGAAAAUGGACGGAUUUGAUUACCACUUCUGGAUCGGCCUGUCUGACUUAGAGAAGGAAGGAGACUGGAGAUGGGUGGACAACACAACAUUGCAAAUCAAAUACUGGGAUCCGUGGAGCUCAGAGCCAAAUAACCAUCAGUCAGGAGGGGAACAUGGAGAGGAUUGUGCCACCUUAGACAGCCACGCAAAGACAUGGUUUGAUGUUCCUUGUGAAAACAUUUAUAAACGGAUCUGCCAGAUGGAUGUCAUUCAGCUCAACUGAAUCCCAAUACUACUGAAAAUACUGCAAAACUGGGAGGUCUGGAACUCAACACAUGGUUGUGAGAGAGAAAAAGUAAUGAUUACAGGAUAACAGGAAACUAAUCGCAUGACCAAAAGGUCAUUCUUGACACACAACAUAUGAUAUUAUUUUUAUUUUUUACUGAAGGCAUGGUUGCUGAAAAUCUGUUGAAUUGAGAUAAAACAUAUUGGGGGGAAUUAAAAGAAAAUAUACAUUGGAGUAUUGCACAACUUUUAGAUAGAGAGGAAUUUCAAUAUUUGACAAUGACAUCAGCUAGCCCAACAUUUUUUGGAGUGUGCCAAUUUACAAUUAAUGAGCCUAUUGUUGAAUUCAGCUUUGAAUGUCAGGCUAUCCGGUCUCACGUUAGAUAAAGGUCUUCAUGUUGCAAAGCUGAAUGCCAUGAAGGCUGUCACUGUGUUCUAGAAAUGUGGGCCUCUGCUGUUAAUCUUUGGAAGAGAUUUGUUAAAAUUCUCAAGUAAACUCAGCUGCAAAAUUAUUUCAGAAAUAUCACUGUGUAUUUAGUUUUCAGGUUGUUUUCCCUUUAAAGGUGCCUGAUAAGAGAGUGGGAGCGUUUUCAUUGCCUCUCAACGGCUCUCAACAUGGUGAGGCAUUAAGUCGGCGGAACAUAGUAAACGGUGCUAACAGCACUAACAGUACAAACUACGGCAGAGCUAACAGUGUUUUAGGGGGAACGGCAGUGUGGGUGCUACUCAACGGUGUCGGUCGAUUACGCUAUCAGUGAGCAGUACAGAGCGGCAGCUGUGAGCUAGCCAAUGGGGAACGCUCACGUGCACAAAUAUUUACUAAAAGCAUGCAAAGUGUUGUGGAAAUAACCUUCAACUGAGUUUUCAGGUACUCCAAGACAAUAAUGCUUUUUAAUAAUAUAUUUUCAAUGUCAAUGUAACACCCUGGAUUCAAUAGAGUUCAAUGCACUAAUAGAUUUACUGGGCAUCAAUAAUACAGCAAGCCGAUGGCCGGUUCAUGAAGCAGCUCACUAACGUCAGAGUAUAAACACAUGUAUAGACUUCAAUAUCACCUCUUUUUGUGUAUGCAUCAGUUCAAUACAUUAUUGUAUCAAUAGCCCUUUUCCUUUAAUCAUAUUUUGAGUUGCUUUUCACAACACAACACUGUCUUAUAGCGUCUCUAAGUUCUUGGUCAAACUGACUGAAAAGGAGCUUCUCACAGAGAAUGUAUUCGAAUCUAAAUCUCUGCUGGCCUCAGUCUGUUGGCUGACCAGCACACACUCACAGAGAAGUAGCUCAGGCCACUGGUAGAACAUUGCAAAUAGACACUAACGAAUAUAAGCAAUGAAAGCCAAAAGUAAAAGUUAAAAAAUACAAUUUGUUACUGAAAUUUAAUACAUUGAUUGAUAUGCAUUAUAACAAAAACACGAGAUAAAACUGGACAAACAUUAGAUGAAUGCAGGCAGGUGAUGUAAGACAAGUAAUCUUCAGAAAAAUACACCACAAUGGCUGGCACAGCAAUGUCAAAAAAGCAAGGAGAAGCUUGGAUUAAAACUCUAUAUCUUUACAGCUAAUAGUUGUUUGUCACUAUGUUAAUGCUUGAAAUGUUGUAUUUGUUCCUCUAAGAUCAAUAAUAAUAGCUUUCCUGCACUAUGUUAGACUUUUGAGACAAAAUUGAUGUCAAUAAAAUUGUCUGUUGUUUAAUUAA